AUGGCAACCGACUCGAAGGACUUCGAGAAGAAGAUGACAGCUACAACAACAGAUCCAGACGAAGCAACGACUAGCAGCACGAGCAGUGCAGACGAGGAGGCAUCGAAGAAGUCUGACGACAGCGACGACGGUGGGCAUAUCCUCGCUAAGUCACGUCCGACUCCGUUCAUCGCUCGGUUCUACGGGGAAGAGCAUGCUGCCGACACUGAAGGCCGCACGCUUGACGACAUCUGCGCAUUCGACGACGACCAGCUCGAAUAUCAUCAUGACUUCAUUCAAGUCCUCUUUCCUCUGCCAGAGCGUUCUGGGGUGAACCGUGACGCACCCCUAAUCGACAAGAACACUCGAGACGCUUUCCUCGAGCAUGAGCACCUUCGCAAGAACCUGUUCAAAUCUUUCAGCCGUAUGGCUCGCUUCUACGCCUUCGAUGUCGAUGGUGACGAGGCCGAGCUGACUCUCUCUGCCGCCACGAACUUCAAGCAGCACGCGCGCAACACUUGGUUGACGUCGGUGGAUCACAACCACUUACGCAUCACCCGCAUCAUCAGGUGCCUUCGCAUUCUAGGCCUUGACCAAGUUGCCCAAACGUUCUACCAAGCUUUGGUCGAUAACGCCCGAGGUGUCAGCCCCAGGAGCCUGAUGUACUGGAAGAGAGCUGCAAAGCGCCCCCUGGAACUCCCGCCGGACCAGCCAGAUGGCAGCAGAGCUGUCGUUGAAUGGCUGAAGAGCUGA